CGGGCUGAUGGAGGCCUGUAGAGCUGCUGUUAGUGAGAGGGCCUUGUGUGAGGAAUAGACCCAGGCCUCUCCCUGUCCCUCACCUCGGCCUUUUGAUGUAUCUUUCGUUAUUCACUCCUUACUGUUUACCUCCAACAAAACUCUCCCUCGUCUCCCCUUGGUUGUUUUAUCUGAUUAGGUGUCUGUAAAACACCCUCGGAUGUUUAUUUCAAAUUGACCAUCACAUAAUGCAAAUUGCUCCUCAUCUAGAAAGGGUCACUAAUCAUUGUCGUCUUUUGUGAGUUUUAGGAAUCUUGAAUGUUGAAGAAAACCCGACAUUGUAUUUGUAAUGGAUUUGAAUCUCCAGUUGACAGCAAAAAGCAUUUCGUCACUUCACUCCAGGCAGCCCAGACCAAGUCUCUCUGGUCUGGCUCAGAUAAUACACAGUUUAUGUUUGAGCAAUGCUGUUGCUUCAAACAAUUAGAGACUCUUGCAGUCAAGUGGAUUGACGGGUUUAAUUUGUGUGACCCCAGAAGUGAUUGGUUCUAAGUUUCCAGGUAUUGAGUAUAUUAGCAUUCCCAUUGCAGAUUCUCCCAGUUCACAGCUAAGUGUGUAUUUUGAGGUAGCAGACAAAAUCCGGCUUGUUGAAAAAUUAUAUGGACAAACAUUGCUGCAUUGUGUUGCAGGAAUCAAUAGAACUGCCACUUUGUACUUUGCUUAUCUCAUGGAAUACCACCACAUCUCUCUGCUCAAUGCUCAUACCUGGUUGAAAGCAUGCAGGCCGAUAAUUAGGCCAAAUAGUGGAUUCUGCAAGCAGUUGAUAAAGUAUGAAGACAAACUGUUUGGAAAAGCUAUCAUUAAAAUGGUGAUGUCACCACUGGGAAUCAUACCAGACAUAUAUGAAAAAGAAACAAGAGGAAUGAUUCCUUUUUGAUAUUGUAUAUCAAGUGUGUAAAGUUUAUUUCAUGGUAUUAUGUUUGUGCUAUGAGUUGUUACUCUAUAUGUUUGCUUUUAUAGGCAUCCA